AUGCGUCUCGUCCCUUCCGCCAACAACCCAACCAGCUUCACGCACCUCAAGACAGCCGGCGCCCCUUCGGCACCCGGUCUACACGACACCCUGCGGCACGGCGUAGGCCCGACCCCGUCACACCUCGAGGGCGUCGAGGCCCCCGUCAGCCGACACCCUCUCGAGUCGCGCCUCAAGGCGUGGCAGUCGACGCAGGACGCCCUGCGCAUGGAGACGCUGCGCAAGACGUUUGGCAUUGCCGAGCCCAUCCGCCGCGGCAUGGAGGCCAAGAUUGUGAGCGAGGGCUCGUGGCGGCCCGCUGCCCUCGGUGGUGGCGCUGGCAAGAACAACUUGCACGAGGAUAUCCUGGGUGGCCGUGACACCAGUGUCGACUGGGAGGACGUCUUUACCGGCGAGGAGCAAAGGAGUGCUGCAGGCAUCCACGACGAGAUGGAGCGAAAGCUAAAGAUGUGA